CAAACAAAACAGCACACGGUCGAACUUUUCGGGCUUACUCGGCAACUACACGCUGUCUGGAAAACUAGUUGGGAACCAACUUUUAUUCGAGGUGGAAGCCGGAAAAUAGGGAAUAAAGAGAAAUAGUGGAAAUUGAAUGGUAGUUCUCGUGUUGUGAUUAUGUGGUGGAAAAUAAAGAUAGUAUUCAGGUGAUUAUGCUCCUUAUACUUGGGAAUCAAUGCUGAAAGAUUUGUCGAAAUAAUGUUGGAAGUGCUGGUGGAAGUGAUCGUAGUUUGCCUGAUAGCGGCGAUUUGCAAUUGUGAGGAGGGUGAUGUGGAGCAACCCGCCUACUAUACCGUCCAGGAGCAUUUGAGCAGAAAGGACGGACUUUCCGCAGCACAGAGGGAGCUGAGGGUGGAAGAUUUUUUCUGGUCUGGAUCUGGAGAUGGACCUCCUGAAUUCCUGAAAAAGGUGCAUAGCUCUGGAAAAGAUGGAAAAGAGGUUAUAAUUAAGACAGAAACCCUCAUUGCGACUGUCUAUGUUGAAGGUCAAAAUGAAGAAGAUAUGUUAUGCUUGGAUUGUACUGGAAAUGCAAAUGGUCUUCCACUGAAUUUUACAUCUGAUCGGCGUUAUUGGUUGUUGACAGUUGUCGCUGGGUUUUUGCGUCCUCCUGAUUUUCCAUUGUUGGAAGGGAAUUUGGCAAAGUUAUACAGAAUAGCUUUUACAAGGCAACAGUCUUUCCAUUUAGGAAUUACAAAUAAUUUCGCGGAGAAGCACAACAAUGCGGAUAGAAGUAAAAGGCAUACUUUGAUGUACGAGCUUCGGUAUAAAAGAAAAAUUAAACGCGCUGUUGUUCCAGCGGAUAUGGAAGAUGAUGAUUUGCAGCAAGUGGCCGCGCCUGAAACGAAAACUGAUACUGGUGUCAAGGACAAUAAGGCAAAAUUGUUUGAUCCUAGAACCCCCGAUCCGAAUAUAAGAAUCCUCAUACACAACGUAACUUUAAUAACAGAAGAUGACAUUCAGAACUGGGAUAACAAUUAUGAUGAUCUUAGUGAUCAGAGAAAUUCAAGACCAAUGGCUAAUCAAACGGAAAUCAUCUACUCGGUUUUCGUUAAUGGGAAACCAGUAUUGGCUACUACUGCUGCAGAAGAUAUGAAAUUGGUAUCGGAAAGUGAAGUUAUUUCCGUUAUGAAGAAGGAUAUUUAUAUGAAAGCAGAACCUUACCUAAAAGAGCCUCAAGCGACACCUUUGGUACCGGCAGGGAAAGGUGGAAAUGUAUAUAAUGUCUUCAACAGCCAUCCGGUAAUGAUUGCGAUAGUAUCGGUGAUAGUUUUAUUGCUGAUAAUAUUGCUUAUUGCAUUACUACUGAUGACCCGGGCUAAGCGACAACGUAGUGCAGAAGUAAAAAGACUUUCUAGUCGACAAGGUUUACUGUCAAACCGCAGUGAAGGGGAUGGUCCUGGUUCUCGCGGUAGAGCCACUGACAUGGCCACCUCAGGACUGGAGUUCAAUGAGGGCAUUGACAAUGGUGCAUUCGUAUAUGACCAUCCAAAGAAAUCUAAAAUGGACAGCGGAAAACGUGACUAUCCCACUAUCGAUUUUCCCCUUCCACCUACGUCACGUCCAGAUUCAUCUAGUACCACGAGUACCUCCGAUUCUUCAGUAUACUGUCCAGUCAAUAAACCUGAUAUCGAUCUUCAGACUAUGCUAGACGAGAAAGCCAAUAAAUUGUUCGAUAAAAAGAAACGAACUACCACAACAGAGAUUAAUGAAAAAUCUGAGCACACCUAUUCUUCAGCUGUAAAGAAACGCGAUAAAAGGACGAAAACGAAAGCGAAAACUAAACGUAAAUAUUUGGCAGAAAAUCGUGUAGGGUCUAUUGAGGAGACUGCUCAAGUUCAUUCAGCGCAGGGUGCAUUCUCAACGGAUAGCGCUUCGGAUUCCUUGAAGCCGGACUUUGAAUAUUUUGAGCACAACGAAGCCUUCAAUCCGAACACACAUUACCACAGAAACAAAGUACUAGGAGAUCGUAUGUUCUCCGACAAAAUCUAUGAUACCGUUGAUAAUAAUUGCGUAAGUCCCACACAAGCGAUCAACCGGGAAAUUAUUAAAGCACUCGAACCGGGCGAGAAGACAUCUGAAAGUGGUAGCAUAGGAUCAUUUUUGAGUAUGGCUUCGGUGAAAAGUUUCCCAAGGCAACAAAUGCCUGAGCCUCUGCAUCGUGUCCUUGAACCAGUUUCUGUUACCCAUUAUGAUUAUUUUGAUAACACAGUUUCCAGUGGAACUAUUAAGAAACCAAAGGGUACGAAAACUGUCACUCUUGUUGAUUAUUCGAGACACACGCAAAGUGAUACUCCCGAUCCUGGAGUGAUUGGUCCUAUUGUUUGGGAAAUUCACAAAAAGCGAUUAGGGAAUCAGAAUGGGAGUGUAGAUAGUCCUGUUCGUGAUCCAGCGUCAACGCGAAAUCGAUUUGAAGGACUUCUAGAAGGAGCUAUCCAAAUGUAUGAAGCAGAGUCUAGUCCGAAGAAGUCGCCAGAGAAGGGAAUGUCGGGCAGUUACACUCGUAGGAAGGAUGUUCGAGGAAAGUCGGCAAUCAUUCCAAAUUUCCCCCGCUUACCUCGGUCCAAUUCGGAUAAUCGUCCUGUCACUGCCGGACCAACGCAAUCUCAUAGUAAUAAUUCAACUCAACCACCUACCCCUAACAGUCGAGCUUGGGGUAGUGGAGCACCUUCACCAUUAGUUCGUCCUUUGAGUGCGGGUCCUUUUCAUUGUCCUGAUCCGCCAACUGUUGAUGUUACGCGUGUUCUAGCACAUCAGUCUACCGAUAAAACGCAGCUUUCGGCUGCUCCCCUCAUCGAAGCAAUACAAAACGAAUUGAAAAAAUUUAAACGUGAAAACUCAAAAUAAAUUAGUGUUCCGUAGGGACUCCUGCUAAGUAAACGUACAUAAAUGUGUAUCUUAUUAAUAUAAUUUUAUUGUAUAUGUGUGAGCACUAGGCUCUGAAUAGUUACUCUUUUGUAUGGAUCUAAUUUGUACAAACAUCCAAUUGUAAACAAUUUUCUAAUGGAUCUAGAAAUAAAGUGUAGGCUUACUUCCAA